UCCACCACUGGGGGCAGGUGCCCUCUCCCAAACAACAAUCAAAAUAACUUAGUGGCAGAGCGUCUUCCACUCUAUUUAACUAAUCAUCGUGUAACUAAGUGCUAAGGAAUUAUGCAGCUAAGCUCUGUCAAAACGGAUGACAGCUCCAGCUCUGUGGUUGACUUCUGCGUUUAAGCAGUUACCUGCCGGCGGACUCUUUCGGCACCAUAGACAGCGCUCCUGGGUUAGAGUGCUUUUAACUUACUGAAGGAAAGGCAGUCUCUUGGUCGUCCACAAGCACGCCCCUAUGAGACUAUCGCAUGCAUGAAAGUAUGUCUACUUUGUGAACUUCAUGCAGAAAAGACGCAUGCCAUGGUGCACACUGCAGUACAGUAGGGUGCAUUAUGGAUGUUCGGAUCCCUGCUCUGGGUUGUGGAUACUGGAUGAUGGAGUUGGGGCUCUUCCUGUGCAUUUCCUUGAUUUCUUUUACAGAACGAGCUACUGCUGCAAAUGCUGAAGAGAGACUGAUGAACUACCUUCUGAACAAGGAAAGGUAUAAUAAGUUAAUUAGACCUGCAGUCAAUAGCUCCGAGCUUGUAACCAUAAAACUACAGGUAUCACUGGCACAACUAAUUAAUGUGAAUGAACGGGAACAAGUAAUGACCACCAAUGUAUGGCUUACUCAGGAGUGGGAUGAUUAUCGUUUGACUUGGGACCCUGAAGAUUAUGAUGGUGUUGACAAGCUACGAAUACCUCCUAAAGACAUGUGGCUACCAGAUAUUGUACUUUACAACAAUGCUGAUGGAACUUAUGAAGUGUCUUUAUACACCAACGUAAUUGUGCAAAGCAAUGGGAGUACUUCCUGGUUACCUCCAGCAAUCUAUAAAAGUGCCUGCAAAAUUGAAGUGAAGCAUUUUCCUUUUGAUCAACAAAACUGCACAUUAAAAUUCCGUUCUUGGACAUAUGACCACACAGAGAUAGACUUGGUGCUCAAAACCAAUUCUGCCAGUAUGGACGAUUUUACAGCCAGUGGAGAGUGGGAUAUUGUGGCAUUACCAGGACGAAGAACAGUACAUAAUCUUGACCCCACAUAUGUUGAUGUAACAUAUGAUUUUAUUAUAAAAAGGAAGCCUCUGUUUUACACAAUCAACCUAAUUAUUCCUUGUAUAUUAAUAACAUCACUAGCCAUCCUGGUGUUCUAUUUACCCUCUGACUGUGGUGAAAAGAUGACUCUCUGCAUUUCUGUGUUGCUUGCCUUAACUGUGUUCUUACUACUGAUUUCAAAAAUUGUUCCUCCAACAUCAUUAGAUGUCCCCCUGAUAGGAAAAUAUCUAAUGUUUACAAUGGUACUGGUAACAUUUUCCAUAGUCACAAGUGUCUGUGUACUAAAUGUUCAUCAUCGCUCUCCAAGUACUCACACAAUGCCGUUAUGGGUGAAAACUGUUUUCCUACAAAAGCUUCCAAUAUUGUUAUUUAUGAAGAGACCAGAAAAUGGUUGUGCAAGGCAAAAAUUAAGCCAGAGACAGAAGAAUAAUCUUGAAAAUCUUCAAAUCAAUUCAGCAGAUACCUACAAAAGUGCGGGUUACUUCAUGAAUCCAACAUCUUCACAGCAGUAUGACCUGAGAGUUACAGACAUCCAAGAAAGAUAUUUCAGCACCUCAGAGGUCAGACAAAGAUCAUCUAAGAAAUUUCAUCCUGAGGUUAGAGAAGCCAUUGAAGGGGUGAAAUUUAUUGCAGAUCAUGUGAAAAGUGAUGAUGAAGAUCAAAAUAUUAUUGAAGAUUGGAAAUAUGUGGCCAUGGUUGUGGACAGACUCUUCCUGUGGAUUUUUGUCUUUGUUUGUGUUCUUGGGACAGUGGGACUGUUCUUGCAGCCUUUGUUUCAAAGUCACAACACCACCAUCCUAAGUGUAUGAACUCUGAGGAUUCUGUUGUAUUACUCUGCUUAUUAAAACCACUCAGCACAAUAUAGGAGCAUUGCUGCCCUCUUUAAUCACAGUCUUGUACAACACAAUAUUAAAACAAAAAUGAUGUGAUUGCUUUUGGUGACAUCACAUCACUGUUUCUUCUCUGAAUUUAAUACUAUGAAUUAAUCUUCAUAAAUAACUAAAGGUUUUUCAUUUUAUAUUAUAAAAGAGGGAAUGCAGUAUUAUUAGUACUGAGCUUUGCCAGUUUGAUACAUGGCUAUUUCUGCUUAGAAAAGUACAGGCAUAAUAUAUACCAAUAUGUGCAAUAUAACUGUAUAUUGGAAUUCAACAAUUUUAAACAUUUUUAAAUAAACAUAUCUGAAAACA